AUGUCGUUCCAAUUUCACACUACUACUUUUGGCCAGCUUGUGCGCCUUCUUUCUGGCAAUAGAGUACUCCGAUAUCCGGAUGAGAUUGACCCCGUACUAUGGAAAAGGUUCCUUCGCCAAGAUACACUUGAACAUACGAAUGUCUCCGGUAGAGAACCGAGUAAAGACGAGGUAGCCGAGGAUGGCAUUCCGCAGAAUACUGUACUGCGUGAUGACGAUCAAGAGAUCCUCCUGGUAGAGUGGUAUGGACAAGAUGAUCCCGAAAAUCCUCGAAAUUGGCCAUUAAGGUGGAAGAAUCUCAUGGUGUUUGAACUUUGUGUCCUCAAUUUUACUGUCUACAUGGCAAGCUCCAUCUAUGCGCCAGGCGAAUUAGGUGUCAUGGAAGACUUCGGCGUCAGCGAGAUUGUCGCGACUCUAGGGCUCUCGCUCUUCACUCUUGGAUAUGGCGUCGGUCCUAUGCUAUGGUCUCCCCUAUCCGAGAUGCCCAAAAUCGGGCGUAGCGGUAUUUUCUUUUGGACGCUCUUCGCCUUCAUCAUAUUCCAGCUUCUCGUUGGCUUUGCCCCAAAUAUUGCAGUAUUUCUCGUCUUUCGCUGGGUGACAGGCUUCUGUGGCAGCCCAUGCCUAUCGACUGGUGCAGGUACUAUUACCGAUUUAUACGACCAUUCUCUCGCCUCCUAUUUGUUCUGCAUUUGGGGAACAGCCGGUUUCUGCGGCCCAGUAUUCGGUCCCAUCAUUGGCGGAUAUCUGGCCCCUUCUAAGGGAUGGCGCUGGACAAUAUGUAUUAUUACAUGGCUCUGCACACUGGUCCUGGCCGCAAUGUUUCUCUUUUUCCCCGAGACCAGCGCAGCUAACAUACUCUACAAGAGAGCCAAACGAUUGAGGAAAGCGACUGGGGACAGUCGACUUAGGAGCCAGUCCGAGAUUGACGCUGCGCAUUAUACCGCAAGAGAUCAUCUGAUCGUCCUCGGAAGGGCCUUUACUUUGACAUUCUCAGAACCCAUAGUUCUGCUCAUGAAUUUGUAUGCCGGUCUCCUGUAUGGCGUGUUGUUCAUCUGGUUCGAGUCGUUUCCCAUCGUAUUCGGCGGUAUUUACGGCUUCAACCAGGGCGAGCAGGGUUUAGUUUUCUUGGGCAUUUUCGUCUUUGCUCUUGUCUCAUUAGCACUCUUUCUACAAUGGAUCAAAACUCACAUUGCCACGAAAGUCAACGAGCCCGGUUUUACGCCAGAGAUGAUACUUCCUCCGACGUUUUUAGGAUGUCUCGCUCUUCCAAUAUGCCUAUUCUGGUUUGGGUGGACAUCACGAGCGGAUAUACACUGGAUCAUCCCCAUUAUUGGAUCCGGUUUCUUCUCUGUUGGCGUGGUCACGCUGUUUAACUCGUUACUCAACUAUUUGGGCAUCUCAUAUCCUACAUACGCCGCAUCCAUAUUCUCAGGAUCCGCACUCUUUCGCGCCUCGUUUGGUGCUUCUUUUCCACUGUUUGCGCGCCAGCUGUUCUCUCAGCUCGGUGUUGGUCCAGGUAAUUCGCUCCUCGGCGGUAUUGCCGUGCUUUUCAUGCCGGUCCCCUUUGUUUUCUACAAGUAUGGGGCAAAGAUCCGCCACAUGAGCAAGAAUGCUCGACACGAUUUAUAA